AUGAAUUUGCAACCUCAAGAUCGUUCGGAUAUAAUCUCAAGAGUGUUUAAAAUAAAGUUAGAUGAGUUGUUGUGUGAUUUAACAAAGAAGCAUGUCUUAGGAAGAGUGGUUGCAUCAGAAAUACCAGCUAAAGAUGAUGAUAGUGAAUUGUAUCAUUUGGUGAAGACACAUAUGAUUCAUGGCCCAUGUGGUUUAGCAAACAGAUAUGGUGUUCCUUAUAAUGCAUAUCUGUUGAAGAAAUUUCAGGCUCACAUAAAUAUGGAGUGGUGUAAUCAGGGCACUUCAGUUAAGUACUUAUUCAAAUAUAUUAACAAGGGGUAUGAUACAAUCACUGCAGCUGCUGUUGAAAUUGACACGGACGAAAAUUUUAUUGUUAGAAAUAUCGAUGAAAUCAGGCAAUAUCUUGAUUGUAGAUAUGUCUCACCAAGUGAAGCAUGUUGGAGGAUAUUUUCAUUUCCUAUUCAUGGAAGAUCUCCUGUCGUUGCAAGGUUGUAUUUUCAUGUUGAGGGAAAUAAUCCGGUUUAUUAUACUGAUCAUGAACUGAAUGAUGAAGUUCUUGGUAAACCAAGUGUGAAAGAAUAA